CUGUUGUUCCGCUCCGGUCCAGCAGGUGGCGAUAAUGCACUAAAAUCAGGUUAGAACGCCAUCUCAUCCAGAGAAGAGCCAGACAGGAUUAGCAUCCCAGCAGCGUCAGGCAACGGAGAGCUGUUUUUCUUCUGACUUGGAUCCUUAAAACAGGUACGCUGGAAUUUUCUGACACCCACUCGGACAUGUCCUAUGUCUUCAUCAAUGACUCGUCGCAGACCAGCGUGCCGCAGCUGCAGGCCUGCAUCGACGGGGACCUGCCCUUCGCCAAGAAGCUCCUAGAGACUGGAUGCGACCCCAACAUCCGCGACAACCGCGGCCGCACCGGCCUGCACCUGGCGGCAGCGCGGGGAAACGUGGACAUCUGCCGCCUCCUGCACAAGUUCGGCGCCGACCUGCUGGCUACGGACUACCAGGGGAACACGGCGCUGCAUCUGUGCGGCCACGUGGACACCAUCCAGUUCCUGGUGUCCAACGGACUGAAGAUCGACAUUUGUAACCACAAUGGCUCCACCCCCCUGGUGCUGGCGAAGAGGCGGGGCGUGAACAAAGACGCCAUCCGCCUCCUGGAGGGUCUGGAGGAGCAGGAGGUGAAGGGCUUCAACCGAGGAGCUCACUCCAAGCUGGAGACCAUGCAGAUGGCGGACAGUGAGAGCGCCAUGGAAAGUCAUUCCUUACUGAACCCCCACCUGCAGAGCAGCGAGGGGGUUCUGUCCAGCUUCCGGACCACCUGGCAGGAGUUCGUGGAGGAUCUGGGCUUCUGGAGGGUGCUGCUGCUCCUGGUGGUCAUCGCCCUCCUCUCGCUCGGCAUCGCCUACUACGUCAGCGGCGUGCUGCCGUUCUCCAGCGGCCAGCUGGAGCUGGUCCACUGAGGAGGAGGAGGAGGAGGAGUUCCUCUGGCACCAGACUGACAUUUGUUACCCAGAUCUUCUUCAUCAUCAGCAUCAUCAUCAUCUCAUUCUGGAGACCCCCCCUCCCCCCACUCAUUCUGUUACAGACUGAUCUUCUGCCCCUCCCACUCCCGAUCUCCUUAUUUAUCUGUAUUUAGUUUUUUCUGGAUGUUCCCAAUAAUCCUGCCCCUCCCCCAUCAACGCCUUUGUAUCUGCAUCUGUAUUAAACUCAUUAUGCUGUUGGUUCACGUGCACCUGCACGUGCACGCCCGUCGCUAAACGUCCACGUCAUCGCAGACAUUAAUGAUCCUGCUUCUUGUACGAAAUGAAUAAAUAUGGAUGUUGAGUUUA